GUAAUUGUGUGGUCCGUACACAUAAACCCUCAAGUACUCCGCUGUGACAAAAAACUGAUGACAGACAGCAUCACGUGAAAAGGUCGCCUCUAACUACUAAGGUUUCCUUAUAAGAAGGACGGAAGCACGAAAUCCGGGAGGAAAAUCUACCCUUGUUAGAUGCAUAGCACGUAGGGAAAACACCAUGGAUAUCAACGCACAGAAAACGAAAAUUCCAUCAAAAGAAACACUUGGUGACUGUCUUCAAAAGGCUUCAUCGCUGUUGUCUGUUGCGGCCAUUCUGAUGACGGUGUCUCUCUUUGUUAGAUCGGAGACAAACACAAAAAUGCUAGAUUCAAAAUUUACUCUGGAAAUUCAAGAAAUGGGGGAUGCUCUCGAAUCCAUGAGGGCUGCUUGCCAAGUUCUUCGUGAAGACCGAGACAUUUCAAACGGUAGGAAACAAGACGUCACAAUUGUUCGCCGCAGCUUAAGGACCAACCGGAGCGACUCAGUUAAUCAAGCAGAAGCCGACACUGGUUUCAGGAAGUACGUGACCUCUAUUGUAACUGAAUCCAUAGGGACUUACUGCCUCUCCCCUGGUAAAUUCUGUGUGGCAGGACCUCGGGGACCAAGAGGAAUUCCGGGAAAUCGCGGUAAACGAGGUCCAAGGGGAUCUAAGGGUAAAACGGGAGAGAAAGGCAAACCAGGAAUGAAAGGAGAUGUUGGAAAUCCUGGAAUGAAGGGAGAAGAGGGCGACAGAGGAGUUCCUGGUCAUCCAGGACCUAAAGGGGAACCUGGCCAGUCCAUAUCUGCUCCAAACGUUUAUGUUUCUCCUGCCUCACAUACAAUCACUGAGAAUCAGACCGCCACGUUUAGCUGCUCAGCUGAUGGCAAUCCAAAACCCAGAGUAACUUGGAGUAAAAUGAGUGGUGCAGGUCAAGUCAAUAUCAACAGUCACGAUAAUACAUUGCAGAUCAUAAAUGUUGCUUAUAACGACUCAGGAAGCUAUGUUUGCGUGGCCACAAGCAUCUUAGGAAAAGCUCAGAAGACGGUGAAACUUACCGUUGAAGCUCCUCCACGAUUCAUCCAUACUCCCCAGAGGUUAACUAAGGUCCCUGCAAACUCAGUCGCCUCUAUUCGUUGUCGAGCUUUUGGUUUUCCACCACCAACUAUAGUUUGGUCGAGAGGAUUUGUCCCGUUACCGCAAGGCCGGACCACGAUUGCUAAGAAUGGCACCCUUAUUAUCGCCAACUUUGGUCCUUUAGACAGUGGUACAUAUCAGUGUAAAGCCAGCAACAAACUUGGAUCUGUUAGUGUCCUAACAACAUUAAAUUAUGAUGAGCAAGCACCUCAAAUAGCCUCGACUAUAUUAGCAGGCAAUUUGGUUUAUGAAAGCAUACUCCGACAGUUUUUAAAACCUGCUGUUGGAAGUCAUCCUCGAUGGCUGCUGUGCUACCGCGCCUCCUCUCACGGCUGGGCGGCCAGUAUCUUCCACAGAAGGUGUGAUGGGAAACGGAACACAGUCUCCAUCAUAAGAGUUGGACAGUACGUGUUUGGAGGAUACACGGACGUUCCAUGGGAGUCUAGUGGUCGCUGGACAGGUACUUCCAAGGCGUUCAUAUUUUCUCUCCGAAAUAAAGAAGGAUUGGCACCAUUCAAGAGCCUGGUUACUACGCCUAAAUAUGCUAUUUACAGGAGUUCAAGCAAUGGGCUCACAUUCGGUAGAGGACACGACAUUGUUAUUAGAGAUAAUGCAAACAGUAACACAAACUCCUACACAUUCUUUGGCGAUUCUUAUUCAAUCCCAAGUGGUAUAAAGGACCAAAAAACAAUCCUGGCAGGGACUUAUAGCUUCACACCUGAUGAGGUGGAGGUUUUCUAUCUUGGUUGAAUCAACACUGCUAUAUCAUAAUUCCACCACAAAUCCCGGUAAAAUAGUGUCAUACUUCGAUUUAAUUUACCUAUUGGCUUUAUCAGCUGAAAAGCAGACCUUUUAAAACUAAUCUCAAACACUGAUGUUUUAUUAUUUAGCAGAAGGGCGAAUUUGUUUGCUUUUCCUCCAAAUUUUGCAAGGUAAAAAAAUUUAAGGGGCUUCACCCGACGGUAGUUUAUAAAUCUUGACUUUUGCAUGAUGAGUAAAAUUCGUGAGGUUUGUCAGUGAUACAAAUUUUUUUGCCUUAUUUAGAUAUAAGAAACGAAAAUAUUCCCAUAACUUCCAAAGAAUUUAUUCUUGAAUGAGACAGAUAGUUCAACAAUUUUCCAAGAUGUAGGAGAUUUUAUUCCACAAAACCGAGAUAAUAUGCAAAGAACGAGAUUCCAAUCUCAGAAGUCACUUGAUUCGAUUACGUAAUGCAAAGGAGGAAAGGUACAACUCGCGACCAAACUCCUAUUUUUAACUUUAGAUAAGUAUAACUAAGUUGUCUUCAGUCAUUCCUAAGGACGAUAUCGAAGUUUGAGAUAAGUUCCUUAAAAUAGUCGUGAACGAUAAUAAACCGAGUUUUUAUGAA